AUACUGUAAUUUAUUGGUCCUUUUGCAAAAUCGUGUGAAAGAAAUGUAGAGAAGAAGAUGCCGAAUAUUUAUUCCUAAGGCGGUGAUGGUGGUGGUGACUUGUUUCUGCAACUCAAAGAAUAAUCUUUUUCCUUCAGUUCCGCUUCUCAAUGAACACUCGAUACGUCAAGCAACUCCUCCGCAAUAUCUAUUGUACCAAAUAUUUUCUCAACAAAGAAGAACCAUAUCGGAACUACAUACACAGUGUUUUUAACCAACUUCAAUUGCAAAGGUCAAGAGCAAACAAGGUAGAAAAAGAUGAGAAAGAAAGUUGUCAGUUUUCAUCGAUGUCUAAAGUUAAGAAGGCAGAUCACAAUAAAGGGAUUAGCAAAUACAGUUCUGACGAGGAAGAUUCAUCAGAUAGUAUGUGGAAGUUAGAGCUGGCUUGGCUCACUAAGGCAGUUGAACCAGCUCUGCAAUUUUGCAGGUGGGCUCUGCCAACAGGAGAUGGUAUUGGAAACAAACCUCCGCCAAAUAAUCGAUCCCUCAUGGAAAUAAUUUCCUUGAUCAAACGAAGCAAGAUUGGAAUCCAGGAUUGGAGUUUGAGCGACCUUACAAUUGGCUUGUAUCUGAUCUAUCUUCGUCAAGCUUCCACACUUCCAUUUGAAGAUAUCAAAGGCAUCCAGAUAUCGACCGAAUCAAUAGUUCAAGAUCUCAUUUAUCAUAUUGAGUUGGCUAAAGGUGCUUAUAAGGAUAAUCCCGCGGUUCUUGCAAGGAACAGCAUGCUCCGAGAAAGUAAUAUCAUAAAAUUUGUUAAUAACUCCAGUGUAAUGAGGCCUGCAUAUUAUAUAGGGGUUGACACCCGUAAAAAGCUUGUAAUUUUGGGCAUUCGUGGCACACAUGCUUUAUAUGAUCUUAUUACUGAUAUAGUUUCCUCAAGUGAUGGUGAAGUAACCUUUGAAGGCUAUUCAACCCACUUCGGCACCGCUGAAUCUGCUCGUUGGUUUCUUCACCAUGAGAUCGGAAACAUAAGAAAAUAUUUGGCAAAACAUGAGGGAUAUAGGUUGAGACUUGUGGGACAUUCUCUGGGAGGUGCAAUAGCUUCUUUACUGGCAAUAAUGAUCCAUAGAAAAUCAGCAAAGGAACUGGGAUUUAGCCCUGACAUUGUAUCUGCUGUUGCAUAUGGAACCCCACCUUGUGUUUCCAAAGAACUUACCGAAAGCUGCGCUGGAUAUGUAACAACUGUAGUGACGCAGGAUGAUAUUAUACCAAGAUUAAGUGUAGCUUCAUUAACAAGGCUAAGAAAUGAAAUUCUUCAAACUGAUUGGACGAGUGUCAUUGAGAAAGAAGACUGGAAAAGAUUCCUAGAUAUAGUUACAAAUGCCAAGCAGGCGGUGGCUUCUGUGCAAGACGUAGCUCAUAAACUUGCUGAUUAUGCCAAUUUCCGGGGAAACAAAACCACAUCUGUUGAUCCAAUUGGUAAGAAGUUGCCAGUUACCGCCGGAGAAGCACCUUUGUCCCCUAAAGCAGCGAAGGAGAAUUCAGUUGUUGUGAAAGUUGAGGAAACUAAACCUGCAGUAUCUGAAGAGUUAUUUAUACCUGGAACUGUUUACUAUCUGAAGAGGGACUUGGUAUCUCAAAAUAAUGUUGAAAAGGAAGUUUACACCCUUUUGAAGAGGCAAUCGGGUGAGCAUUUCCAAAGGAUAAUUCUUUCCGGCAAUUUCAUCACAGACCAUAGAUGUGAUAGUCACUAUUUUGCUUUGAGAGAUGUUCUCAAAGGUUUGCCUUGGAAUGGCGAAGAAGUAUUGGAGUGAACUGAAUGCAUAAAUUUACAUUUCGACUUGGAAUGAUUGAAGAGCUUUCAUUGAACGCAUUUUGGGGAGUUUAGGCUCACAUUCACUUUUUAGAAUAGUUGUAACUAGACGUACACCCGUGCUAUGCACGGGAUAUGUUCUACCAUAAUAUUAAUAUAAUUUUAAAAAUUAAAUCAAAAUAUAUAAUUUAAUUAUUUAAUAGUAGUUGUGCUUCUAAUUUAAUUUAUACAUUAAUUUAAAAUAAAAAGAUAAAUAUUCAUAAAUUAAGAGAAAAUAAAAUAGUAUAACAUAUAAUCUUGUAUAAGCAUUUUGUGAACAUCUAAAUUACUAUAAAUACUACUAACAAAAAAAAAAUGCAAUACAUCAAACAUGGGUGGAGGUUUUAUAUAAAUUAUUGGGAGUUAUUAGAAU